GAAGAGGAUCGCGGGCAGGGCCCGGCCGGGGCCAGCGGAGCGUCCUCCCGAGCAACCCCCGCGGCGCCUGCUCGCGGCUCUGGGGGAAGGGGAGGAGGAAACGCGGGUGGGGACGGGACGGGACGGGACAAGCCCUGGUGACGGUGGCCGCGCCCGGGCGAGCGCAGACGGGAAGAGAGGCGAGGAGGGCUGGCGGGCACGGCUCGACACGAUAUAAUGUCUGCUGCAAGUGCCAAUCCUAUCCCAUCUGCACCACCUUCUUAUGAUGAAGCUGUAGGAUUCAAUGUGAACUAUCCUCACCCCUAUCCCAUCCCUGGGCCUGGACAGAAGCCAGAUGGGAAGGGAACAAACCUUCCCCCACACAUGGGACAGCCUCCACCAGCAAAUAACCCCAUUACUGUUCAGACAGUGUACGUGCAGCAGCCAGUAAUGUUUUAUGACCGCCCAGUUCAGAUGCGCUGCCCUUCCUGUAACCAGGUGAUAGUGACACGUCUCUCAUACGACUCAGGAGCUUUAACCUGGCUGUCAUGUGGUGGCCUCUGCCUGCUGGGGUGUAUAGCAGGCUGCUGCUUAAUUCCCUUCUGCAUUGAUGCCCUAAAGGAUGUGGAUCACACCUGUCCAAAAUGCAGUGCUCUUGUUGGCUCUUACAAACGUUUAUAGGCAGUGUUUAUACAUUGAUUGAUGAAGUUGUUUAGCACCUCUACAAGCCUUCUCUGAAGCUUUAUGGAGACUUUCCAUUUUUUCUGUGCAUCCUGUCACUGGAAACCAAUAAAAAGUAAUGUUUAUUGCUAGAUGGUUUGAAUACACAAUUGCUUGAGAGGAGUCUCACUUAGGUCUGUGAAAAGCAUACCUAAUCUGUAUGGGCCACUCACUCCAGCACCAAUGGAGAGCAAUGGAGUGUUUCCCUUUUUGCUUAAUACAGAAUGGGUUGGUGAUAUUCUUCAGUUAAUCUUGUCUCAAGCGUGAUGCAAAUUGUGCUUGCAUUGAGACUGUAAAAUCUCAGCACAGAACAAGAGGAGGACAUGUAUGGAGAACUGUUCAGUCUCAUGCUUUGGCAGCAGAACUGUUUAUGAACUUGCAGGGAGUUGCCUCAGAGACAGGUGCUCCUCUUUGAAAAAAGAAAUCUCUUGUUGUCAUCUUUUCAUGAGCACUAGAAUUCAUUUUAAAACUUUUGUAGCUUGAAGAGAACCAAACCUGAAGGCUUCUUCCUUCUUGGAGGUAGCUUUUCCAAAUGGACAAUUCAGGUAGUUGUGCAAAAAUAGUGAAUGAAUCUAGAAUCUGAAUUUUCUUGCCAGUUUCAAGUCUAGUCAUGUCUGUAAUCUGAAGUAAAGAUGUUCAUAUAGAAGAUACUUGAUCAGUGGUUUUUGUUAGGCUGGAGGCUUUCUUAACUGCUGAUUGAAAGUCUGUGAAGUGUUUACUUCAUGCCAGUGGAAAUGCCCAGAGAGCCUUGGUUAGAGCAUUGGAAAACUUCCUUGUACAUUUACGUAACUCAGCUGAUUGACCAUAAACAAACCUCAGCCUUAUCUUAAGGCUCAAAUUCUACCUGAAACAAAUAAAUAAAACACCCGGGCUUUUAGUUGUUGAUCUGCUCAUUAAUUAUUGUUUCUUUAUUAAAAGGUAAAAUGUGUGUUAAGGAGUUUCUCUGAUUUUUCUUAAUUAAAUGAAAGAUGAGUUCUGCUUUUAGAAACUUUAGCUGGAUAUGCUUAUUUAAGAUGAUAAUCACAAAAAAUUAGGGAAUGAGGCUCUGAAGGUUAAAGUAGUUUCUGUGUCAUAUGCAACUGGAUCAAACAACAUUUUAAUGCAUAUUACCGAAUCCAAAUCACAAAAUCAACUGGGUUAGAAAAGGCCUUUGAGAUCAUCAUAUCCAACCUGUGUCCUAAUGCCACCUUAUCAACCAGACCAUGGUGCUGAAUGCCACACACAAUCUUUUCUUAAAUACCUCCAGGGACAGUGACUCCACCAUCUCCCUGGGCAGCCCAUUCCAAAGUCUGAUCACACUUUCUGGAAAAAUCGUCCUAAUGUCCAACCUAAAUGAUACCUGUCUAGAAAAGGAAGACAGGUGUUUAAACAAGGCUGUGUUGGUAAAACUGCAUUAAUAUCUGUAAAAGUAAAAAGCUAAAAUAAAUAUAAAUAAAAAAGACUGCAUUUAC